CUCCUCCUCUCUCUACCACUGAACUUCUCUGAAACUAGAGACGAUGAACUGCAGCAAGAGCAGCAGCAGAGUGGCUCUCUUGCUGGUCCUGUUGCUGCAGUCGACGGCGGCCAUGCUGCUGCUGCUGCUGCUGCUGCCCGAUGGAGCUGCAGCGCAGAACGGGACGACGAGGUGCAGCGAGGUGAGCUGCGGGAUGGGGAGGUGCAGCGAGUCGAGCGACGACGUGUUGGGGUUCGCGUGCAGCUGCAACCCCGGGUGGAGCCGCUACAGCCUCGCCGACAUGGAGUUCCCUUUCCUCCCCUGCGUCAUACCAAAUUGCACCAUCAACUACUCGUGCCAGGACGGUUCGCCGCCGCCGCCGCCGGCGAUGCCGUCACCGACGAACGUCUCCAUCUUUGACCCGUGCCUCCUCCAGUACUGCGGCGACGGCGGCAGCUGCGAGAGGUCGUCGGAGUUCGGCCACCGCUGCGCCUGCCGCGACGGCUUCGAGAACCUCCUCAACGACACCUCCUACCCUUGCUACCAGCAGUGUUCGCUUGGUUUGGACUGCUCCGGCCUGGGGAUCAACGUGUUCAACGGGUUACAGCCGGGGUCGGCGCCGCCGGCGCCAUUCUCGUUAACCGUCAAGAAGUCCGGCGCCGCCGGCUCCCCGCGGCUGGCCGCCGGCGGCGGCGGGCUGGUCCAGCUCCUCGUCGUGCUGGUCUCCUCUGCCUUGGUCCAGGGGCUGUGGUGACACGUACAUGACAGUAUGAACAAACAAGACUACAAGAGCAGAGCUAAGCUAGCAAUGAUAGGCACACAAAUACGUUUAUGAGCAACUUUUUCAGUAGGAAUUUUGGUUUGUCAUUCAUGUGAUUAUCAGUGUAAAUGUGAUUCUUAAUAAAUAAUUUCUUAGAAACAAAAGAUCUAGCAGUAGUAGAUCAUGUGCAGAUCAGUAGGAUAUCAGCUAGGAGUAGAUGAUAAUGCUUUGCUAACUACACCAAUCAUACAUCCAGAAUAUCUGACCACCAU